GCCCCUUAUUUAUUCGCAUUCCUCUCCUCAUCAUCACUCAUCUCCCUUCCCUGUCGAUUACCUUCUCUCCUUCCUCUGUUCCUCCUCUCCUCCACACAUCCAGGCAGGCAACACAAGAAUCAUCCGGGAGAGCGACAUGGCCCCGGUUGCCGUGGGCGACACCCUCCCCGACGGCCAGCUGGGGUGGUUCGACGGGGAGGACAAGCUGCAGCAGGUCUCCGUCCACGGCCUCGCCGCCGGCAAGAAGGUCGUCCUCUUCGGCGUCCCCGGUGCCUUCACCCCGACCUGCAGCAAUCAGCAUGUGCCAGGAUUCAUAAAUCAGGCUGAGCAGCUCAAAGCCAAGGGUGUAGACGACAUCUUGCUUGUCAGUGUUAACGACCCCUUUGUCAUGAAGGCGUGGGCAAAGUCAUACCCUGAGAAUAAGCAUGUGAAAUUCCUUGCCGAUGGUUUGGGAACAUACACCAAGGCACUUGGUCUUGAGCUUGACCUUUCGGAGAAAGGGCUUGGUAUUCGUUCGAGACGGUUUGCUCUCCUUGCUGACAACCUCAAGGUUACUGUUGCAAACAUUGAGGAAGGUGGCCAAUUCACAAUCUCUGGUGCUGAGGAGAUCCUCAAGGCACUGUAAGAGCUUCAGCUCUUAGGAACGGCAGCGAUCACUUGGACCUAUCGUGUCAAUCUUGUUUAAAUUUGUCUGCAAAAUACUUGUGCGAAUAAAAUUGUCGAUGAGCUGCCUAGUUGUGAGGACUUUAUGAUAAUGUUUGAAUCUGUAUCCACUGUUGAAUCAAGUAGUAAUGUUCAGUGCUCAUGUUAAGUUAUAAUCUUCAGUUUAUA